CUUCAUUUCGCCCACUGUUUCCUCCGCACAGCACGCCCUCUCUUUCUCUCUCUCUAGCGGCCAUUUUCUCCAGCACUCCAGAGCUUUCUAUCUCCUUCUCGAACAGGCAUUGUCAGCACCCUCCAUCCAUCCCUCCCCAUCUCUCUGCAAAACCGGAAUUGAAAUCGCGCUUCGGCGUUCAUUGCAGUAGCUUGGCGCGUUCCCUCGUUCGGUUCGGUUCGGUUCGCUUGAGACUUCGAGCUUCGUGCAUACCGACGUUUUCAAUCUCUCUCUCGCUUCGUGCCCGCGAUUUUGAAGCGAGGAAAACAUCCGUUUUUAGCCCGUGUAAUGCUUCUUCAUGCAUGCGCCUCGCGCCGGAGCUAUCUGAAUUCGGCAUCCUGAGGUUCGAGGGAAGCUUUAGGAGAUGGACAGUUCGGAGACAUAGAUUGCGCGAGACUGUUCCUUGAAGAGGCGUUCUUGAUUCGUGGUGUUGUAAACCCGUAGCUCGGUGUGUUAUCGAAAGAAGGGUGUUCGUUUGUUUAGUUGAGAUCUUGGUACAAUGGAUGCCUCGUUCAGCACCAUUGUAUCAAGGCUGCAGGCGCUGUCCACCUCGGAUCAUACGUCCGUGGUGUCCUUGAACCUGUUCGUGGCGCUCCUCCUCGCUUGCAUCGUGAUCGGUCAUCUCUUGGAAGAGAACCGGUGGAUGAAUGAGUCCAUCACUGCUCUGAUGAUCGGAUUAUGUACCGGUAUCGUUAUUUUACUGACCACAGGAAUGAAAAGCUCCCAUCUCUUAGUGUUUAGUGAAGAUCUCUUCUUCAUAUAUCUUUUGCCACCUAUCAUAUUCAAUGCGGGGUUUCAGGUGAAAAAGAAGCAAUUCUUUAGAAACUUUAUGACCAUCAUGCUAUUUGGCGCUAUCGGUACCUUAGUUUCGUGCACUAUUAUUUCACUAGGUGCUAUAGAGUUUUUUAAGAAGAUUGGCAUCAAUUCAUUCGACAUAGGGGAUUACAUAGCCAUUGGUGCCAUAUUUGCUGCAACAGAUUCUGUUUGCACCUUGCAGGUGCUUAAUCAGGACGAGACACCCUUGCUUUACAGCUUGGUGUUUGGAGAAGGUGUUGUGAAUGAUGCAACAUCAGUGGUGCUUUUCAAUGCAAUACAGAGCUUUGAUCUUAAUCAUAUCGAUCCCAGAAUUGCUUUGCAGUUCAUCGGCAAUUUCUUCUAUUUAUUCUUCGCAAGCACUAUGUUAGGAGUGUUGACUGGAUUGCUUAGUGCUUACAUUAUUAAAAAGCUCUAUUUUGGCAGGCACUCUACAGAUCGUGAAGUUGCUCUUAUGAUGCUCAUGGCAUACCUGUCCUACAUGAUGGCUGAACUGUUCUACUUAAGCGGCAUUCUCACUGUCUUUUUCUGUGGGAUAGUGAUGUCCCAUUACACUUGGCACAACGUGACUGAAAGUUCACGAGUCACUACAAAGCAUGCUUUUGCGACCCUAUCAUUUGUUGCUGAGACUUUCAUCUUCCUUUAUGUCGGAAUGGAUGCUUUGGACAUCGAAAAGUGGAGAUUUGUGAGCAAUAGUCCUGGGACAUCAGUUGCCGUGAGUUCAGUACUGCUGGCAUUGGUUCUAGCUGGAAGGGCAGCAUUCGUUUUCCCCCUAUCCCUUCUGUCCAACCUAACCAAGAAAAAUCCCAACGAGAGAAUCAGCUUCAGACAGCAAGUGAUUAUAUGGUGGGCAGGACUCAUGAGAGGCGCUGUAUCUAUGGCCCUAGCUUAUAACAAGUUCACUAGUUCUGGCCAUACUCAUCUGAGGGAUAAUGCCAUCAUGAUCACAAGCACUAUAACUGUCGUCCUCUUCAGCACUGUGGUGUUUGGUUUUUUGACCCAACCUUUGAUAAGGUUAUUGCUACCGUCCCCCAAACACACAAGCAUCGUAGUCUCCGAUCCAAAUACUCCCAAGUCCUUUACUUUUCCGCUUCUCAGAGGCGGGCAAGAUUCUGAACCUGAUCUUGUGGUCCCCGACAUCGGCCGCCCAGGUAGCCUCAGGGCGCUCUGGACCACACCAGCACAUACUGUUCAUUACUACUGGCGCAAAUUCGACGAUGCCUUCAUGCGCCCAGUCUUUGGUGGCCGUGGUUUUGUCCCAUAUGUUCCCGGCUCCCCCACAGAAAGGAGCGUCCAUCAGUGGGAAGGCUAGGCUGCAUCGUGUAGAGUAUUAAUUAAGUAAUGCAGCUGUUGUUGAGAACCUGAAUGCAAUUUUGUACGAGCCCUUUUCUCGGUUUCUUUCUCGACGAGACAGAAGCGUCGUGCCACAUCCAAUAAUCGAUGAAUAGUGUACCAUAGGUGUGAAAUUAAAUAUGAGGUGCGAAGAGGCCUUGCGCGAUAGCACAUCUAAUGUCUUCUUCGCAUCAAAUUCCUGUAAUUGUAGUGUUUCACCGGCCUUGUAUCAUAUCGAGCAGGUGAUGUUUCAAUUUAGAAGACCAGGUGUCUCAAUUAGCGUAUCAA